AUGGCCGAAAUUCAAAGAUGGACGGUCAAUGAGCCCUAUCUUGACAUAGCGGGAACGCUGCUUGAGGGCCCAUACCACGAUGCCGCCACCGACGAGUUCCGCUUUGUCGACAUUUGGGACCACAAACUUUAUCGCCUCGAUCUGGCCAGAGGACCUGACUCGUUGACGGUAAUUGAUACAGACUCUUCAAUCGGUGUCACCGCCAAUAUCGUGGGCGAGGCCGAGAAGGAUCAGCUCAUUGUCGGAGCCAAGCAUGGAUUUGCCCGGCUGAACCAAACCACCGGGAAACUCUCCUACAUCGCACAGCCCUGGGAACAGGAUGCGUCCAAGCAGAAGUUGAUGCGCUUCAACGACGGCGCCGUCGACAGCCACGGCCGCUUCUGGGCCGGCGCUAUGAACGACCCCAAUGUCCAAUCACCCCAGCCCGAGGGUACCCUCUUCCGCCUGGACCCAGACCUCACUCUGCACGAGAUGCUGGCCCCAGUAACCAUUCCCAACGGAAUGGGCUGGAACGAUGCUGACGACACCAUGUAUUGGACUGACUCGCCGACCGGCAAGAUCUUUGCCUUUGACUUUGACGCCGCCACUGGUGCUAUUAGUAAUCGACGUGUGCACUUUGAUGUCGGCAACGGGCUGGAGCCUGAUGGUUUUGCUAUUGACGUCGAGGGCUGCAUUUGGACUGCCAUCUACGGUGGCGGUAAGGUGCUGCGGAUUUCGCCCGAGGGCCAAGUCAUUGGUCAGAUUGAUUUGCCUACGCGGAACCCGACGUGUCCGGCUUUCGUAGGCACGGAGUUGUUCAUUACUUCAGCCAAGGAUGAUCGUGAUGAUGAGAAGCUUCCGCAGUCGGUGCGUUAUGGAGGCCGGUUGUUCAAGGUUGACGUUGGUGUUCGGGGAAAGCCGAAGAAUGAGUUUCGGUUUCAGCAGUGA